CGAUUUCUUGUGAACUUACUUUUACUGUGCUGAUUUUCGUGUCACUCUUCUUGUAUUAUUUAAUCCCAUUCUAGUCCCAUACAUUAUACAUACAAUUCUAUACAUAUCCAUGUGUAUGUGUGUGCUGUUCCUUGGGCAAUUUGUUAAAUGCUCGUAAUCAAUAAACCAAUGUGUCAUGUUCAGGCUUGUACUGCCGGCAUUUUCAAGUCAUCUGCGCUUAUAGCUUAUAACAAUAUAGCUGAUUGUUGCUGUUGUUGUUAUUCGUGUUCCAGCCAUGCCGUUCUAGUGCGUACAGCGCAAAAACAUAACUGUUGACAGAAGUGCCGCACAGAAUUUUCGAUUCAGACCAAAAAGUGCGUUCAACGUAAACGGUCGCGGGCUAAAAAGCGGCGCGGAAGAAGGUGGAGCGAAUUUUUCAAGAGAAAUUCUUUAAUAAAAUUUAAAGGACAGUUCUCGUUGAGCUUAAAAAUAUUUAAAAAAAAUUUUAAUAAAUUUUCCAAAAAAAUUUUGAAAGUGUUAAAAAGUUAAAAAAAAAUAUUAAAAAAAUAACAAGAAAUUUUAGUGAUAAAAAAUUUUAUUUUGUAAAAAAAAUUCUUCAUAAUUUCAAAAAUUUUCGCCAUAAAGCCGCGUAAUUACCAAUUGGACAUCGCUUUCGGUUUAAGCAUCUUGUUUUGGGAUUUUAAAAUUCAUGCGCGUUUUUUUGUUGAUCGUAAAAUGUCUAAAAUACUAAAGACUUUGCUUUUAUUCUGCUCAUUGUGGCAUGUGAUAUUGUGCGCUGAACUCAAUACGACUGUGGCACAAGUGAAAUUGUUACCAGCAGACAUCGAGGAAGCGCAGCUUUUGGCGAAUGCAACAGAGUCGGCGUCGUUGACGGAUUUCGAUGGCGAGGACACGGAAACGAUCGAAGUGCCUGAGGACGCAGCGUAUUCGGAAACAGCGGUAACCGACUUCUCCGAGGAGCAAAUACGGAGGCGGCGUCAACUUUUCUAUGAUCCCUCACUAUUGCUGCUUACAAAUUAUGGCGCUGAAGGUGGCAAAUGCAUAACUGCACGCGGUUAUCCCGGCAUCUGUAUGCGCUUUACUAGCUGUCAGCCGUAUUAUCGCGCCAAGCGGCAUUUUAAUUUCCUCAAUCUACGUCAGUGGCCACAAGUGGCGAGUAUAGGACAGGAUGUCUGCAGUUUCUACGACCAGUUUGGACGUCCUAAUACGGGCAUUUGCUGCACAGGCACAUUUAUGGGCGGUGCUUUUCCUGGCGCUGGAGGUGCUUUUCCUGGUGCUGGUGUAUUUCCACCUUUCCUCUAUCCAGGCGGUGUGAGCCCGCUGCCCACACCACCAAUCGAACCGAUAGCACCCACACAACCAGCGCAGCCUGAGGAGGAGUUUGAAGAGGAUAAGGAUGAAGAAGAUAUUAUUGAGUUGGAUCAUCCAACAGAAGUCGAUCCACUAGUCGAUCCUUUACAUGAGCCGACAACUGCUGACAAGCCAGACACCAAUGUUGUUUACGAUCCCAUCAAAGAAGAUGUGGAUGAGAAAACAGAAACGACGACAGCGAAACCGGCAACAUUCUACAAUGAAUUCGCUUAUCAAUGGCCGAACCAGUUUGGUAACCAAUUCUCUAGCGUACAUCAAUGGCCACCACCAUUGCCAACACAUCCACCAUCGGCCGCAGUUUGGCCGCCUCCACUGCCAACACAUCCACCCAAUCAUCAUUAUCCAACACACGCUUCGGUGACCACAAAACCAAGCACACCAGCAAGCUCGCCGUCGGUAACCACACGACGUACCACUACUAGACGUCCAACAGCGGUGACUACACCACGUCCGGUGACGACCACAACACGCCGUCCAAGCUAUCCUAGUUAUCCAGCAUAUCCCGGCUACCCAAAUUAUCCCAGUUACCCGACGUAUCGUCCAACUGCUGCGCCAACAACAACAACACGACGUCCGACCACACCGAUCUCAAGCGGUUCGUCAAAUUACGGCUUGCCUGCACAAUGUGGCAUUAAGAAUCCGGCAGCGCCAGACCAAGAACGUAUUGUGGGCGGCACAAAUGCGAGUCCGAAUGAGUUUCCAUGGAUUGCGGUGUUAUUCAAGUCGGGCAAACAGUUUUGUGGUGGCAGUGUGAUAACGAAGAAUCAUAUUCUGACAGCGGCGCAUUGUGUCUCCAGAAUGACCUCAUGGGAUGUGGCGGCAAUGACAGCGCAUCUCGGCGACUAUGAUAUACGCACCAAUUACGAAGUACAACAUGUUGUACGGCGUAUCAAACGUUUGGUGCGUCACAAAGGCUUCGAUUUUAGCACGCUGCACAACGACAUCGCAAUAUUGACUGUAAAUGAACCCAUAAAAUUCACUUAUGAGGUCCAACCCAUUUGCUUGCCCAGCUCAAGCAGUCAACUGAGCCGUAGCUACAGUGGUAAGGUAGCAACAGUUGCAGGCUGGGGCAGUUUGCGUGAGAACGGUCCACAGCCAUCAAUUCUGCAGAAAGUACAGAUACCCAUUUGGGCGAAUCAUGAUUGUGCGCGGAAAUAUGGACGUGCGGCGCCGGGUGGCAUCAUCGAAUCGAUGGUGUGCGCUGGGCAGGCGUCCAAGGAUUCGUGUAGUGGUGACUCUGGCGGUCCUCUGAUCGUCAAUGAGGGCGGACGCUACACGCAGGUCGGCAUCGUGUCUUGGGGCAUUGGUUGUGGCAAAGGCGAAUAUCCGGGCGUGUAUACGAGAAUCACUUCAUUAUUGCCGUGGAUUUACAAAAAUAUCAAAUAGUGGAAUAAUAUAUAAAGCUGAAAAUAAAAACGAAAGACAAAGUGAUAAAUUAUAUAUAAAUCGAUCUUUAGAGUAUUUUUUUGUAUUUAUACAUAAAUGGAAUGAAUAAAGUACUGUGCGUGA